GCGGCGCAGACAAAGGCGCGGGCGGUGCGGCGGGCGGUGAGGAGGGCGCGGGCCCCGGAGCCAGCGAGCGAGCGGGGCGCCCGGCUUCGAGGAGUCGGCGCCGUGGGGCCGCACCCGUCUCGCGCCCGGACAUUUGCGGGGCGCCGAACCGUCAGGGCCAAACCAGCAGCUCCUACCAUUCUUCUGGCUGCCCCUUGGAGCCCACAGACCAGCCUGACCAAUGUCCACAGCCAGGGAGCAGCCCAUCUUCAGCACUCGAGCACAUGUGUUCCAGAUCGACCCGGCCACUAAGCGGAACUGGAUCCCUGCGGGCAAACACGCACUCACUGUCUCCUACUUCUACGAUGCCACCCGCAAUGUCUACCGAAUCAUCAGCCUUGGGGGUGCCAAGGCCAUCAUCAAUAGCACUGUCACCCCCAACAUGACCUUUACCAAAACCUCCCAGAAGUUCGGGCAGUGGGCAGACAGUCGCGCCAACACUGUCUAUGGCCUUGGCUUUGCUUCUGAACAGCAUCUGACACAGUUUGCUGAGAAGUUCCAGGAAGUGAAGGAAGCAGCAAGGCUGGCACGGGAGAAAUCUCAGGAUGGGGGGGAGCUCACCAGUCCAGCUCUGGGGCUUACUGCCCACCAGGUGCCCCCGAGCCCCCUCGUCAGCGCCAACGGCCCCGGCGAUGAGAAGCUAUUCCGCAGCCAGAGCGCGGACGCCCCGGGCCCCACUGAGCGUGAGAGGCUCAAGAAGAUGCUGUCCGAGGGCUCGGUGGGCGAGGUGCAGUGGGAGGCCGAGUUCUUCGCGCUGCAGGACAGUAACAACAAGUUGGCGGGCGCCCUUCGAGAGGCCAACGCCGCCGCCGCCCAGUGGAGGCAGCAGCUGGAGGCCCAGCGCGCAGAGGCCGACAGGCUGCGGCAGCGGGUGGCUGAACUGGAGGCCCAGGCUGCCACUGAGCCACCCACGGUCACUGAGAAGGAGGGGCCAGGCCAGUCUCUGGAGCAACUGGAGGCACUAGUGCAAACCAAGGACCAGGAGAUCCAGACGCUGAAGAGCCAAACUGGUGGGACCCGAGAGGCACCAGACACCACCGAACGUGAGGAGACACAGCAGAAGGUGCAGGACCUGGAGACCCGAAAUGCAGAACUGGAGCACCAGCUGCGGGCAACUGAGCGCAGCCUGGAGGAGGCACGGGUAGAGCGGGAGCGGGCACGGGCCGAGGUGGGCCGGGCCGCGCAGCUGCUGGACGUCAGGCUGUUUGAGCUGAGUGAGCUGCGGGAGGGCCUGGCCCGCCUGGCCGAGGGCUCGCCCUGAGUCUGCCUCCGGGUAUAUGUGGGGGCAGGGGUGCCCACGGGAGCUGGUUUUACAUGAACGAUUCCCGCCUGGGGCACGGGCCAGGCCGCAGGCGGCACAGUGGGCCAUUCACCUUGGCAGGGACUGGGGCCCAGCUCAGCCUGGGGAGGGCCUGUCCACCGUACUCUAGUCAGCCCCGGCUGUUCACAGCUCGGAGGCUGUUUUUGAGCUUUUCAUUGUGUAGAAUUUCUAGACUCCCUGGGGUGCAUACCAGUGCCCACAUUACAUUUCUAAGCGUG